AUGGACGUCUCCAACAACCGACUCUUCCGCUUCUCCAAGCCAGAAUGGCUCAAUAACUCCGCCGUCCGCAAUGCAGGCGUCUACACCUCCGGCGCACUGUUCGCCGCAGGCUUCUUCUUCCUCAUCGAUGUAGCCGCCUUCUCGCACAGCCCGCGCAACGGCUCAGAAGUACACAUCAAGUUCGUCGAUUGGAUCCCCGGUAUCUGUUCCGCGCUGGGCAUGCUGGUUAUCAAUUCGAUUGAAAAGUCCCGGUUGCAAGCCGAUAGCUUCAGCUACAGUGGGAGUGGGGUUGCGUGGAAGGCGCGCUUUGUGCUGUUCUUAGGCUUUGCGCUUUUGGCGGGUGGUUUGGCGGGGAGUGUUACGGUUAUGGUACUUAAGUAUCUCAUUAAGGAUUACCCGAUUCAAACGCUUUACUUUGGUAUUGCGAACGUGGUUGCGAAUGGUCUGGUUAUGCUAAGUUCCAUCGUUCUCUGGGUAUCGCAGAACAUCGAGGAUGACUACACCUACAAUCUUGCUCUGUGA